CUGAAGAUAAGAUAUGGAGCAUACAGGCUGGUGGUAGGUAUAUAUUGGCCUCAGAGUGAAGAACAUCAAUCAGCUGAAAACAUGGCCUUCCUCUGGAUCCUAUCGUGCCUCGCCUUUGUCAGCGCAGCCUAUGGCUGUGGAGUUCCUGCUAUCCCUCCAGUCAUCACUGGCUACUCCAGGAUUGUGAAUGGUGAGGAGGCGGUGCCCCAUUCCUGGCCCUGGCAGGUGUCUCUGCAGGACUCCACCGGUUUCCACUUCUGUGGUGGCUCCCUGAUCAGUGAAUGGUGGGUUGUGACUGCUGCCCACUGCAACGUGAGGACCUCCCACCGUGUUAUCCUGGGAGAGCAUGAUCGUUCCUCCAAUGCUGAGCCCAUCCAGACCAUGACUGUUGGCAAGGUUUUCAAGCACCCAAAGUACAAUGGCUUCACCAUCAACAACGACAUCCUUCUGAUCAAGCUCGCCUCCCCUGCCCAGCUGAACGCUCGCGUGUCUCCUGUGUGUGUUGCUGAGACCAACGACAACUUCCCUGGUGGCAUGAAGUGUGUGACCUCUGGAUGGGGCCUGACCAAGUAUAAUGCUCCUGAUACCCCACCUUUGCUCCAGCAGGCCACUCUUCCUCUGCUAACCAAUGAUGACUGCAAGCGUUACUGGGGCUCUAAGAUCACUAAUCUGAUGAUCUGUGCUGGAGCCUCAGGAGCUUCCUCAUGCAUGGGUGACUCUGGUGGUCCUCUGGUGUGUCAGAAGGCUGGAGCUUGGACCCUCGUUGGUAUCGUGUCCUGGGGCAGCGGCACUUGCACUCCCACCACGCCUGGAGUGUAUGCCCGUGUCACUGAGCUCCGUAGCUGGAUGGAUGAGACAAUUGCUGCUAACUAAAGCAUCUUUAUCUAUUUAGAUUCAACAUCAUCAAUAAAGACGCUUUGAUACCUUAA